UCAGGCCCAAUUGGCCCAGAUAAACUGUGAGCUAAUCCCAAACCAAAACCCUAAUAAACCCGUCUAUCAUUUAUUUUCAAUCUCGCAACGCGCACUUCACAUAGUCGGCCGUUGAUUGCAUAACCUGUAAGAGCUUGUAGGCAGGAAGCCAGAAGCGAAGAUGAGUAAAGGCGCGGCGGCGGCAGGAGCGAAAGGAGGGAAGAAGAAGGGAGCGAGCUUCGUGAUUGAUUGCUCGAAGCCUGUGGAGGAUAAGAUCAUGGAGAUUGCUUCGCUCGAGAAGUUUUUACAGGAAAGGAUCAAGGUUGGCGGCAAAGCUGGCGCUCUCGGUGAUUCUGUCACUGUCACCCGCGACAAGAACAAGAUCACUGUCACCGCCGAUUCCGCCUUCUCCAAAAGGUAUCUUAAGUAUUUGACUAAGAAAUAUUUGAAGAAGCAUAAUGUUAGAGAUUGGCUUCGGGUGAUUGCUUCCAACAAAGACAGGAAUGUGUAUGAGCUACGCUAUUUCAACAUUGCUGAGCAAGAGGGAGAGGAAGAAGACUAAAUAUACAGAUUGGUGUCAUGUUUUGCUCAGCCCAAUGUUGUCUGAACCAAUUUUGGAUCAAUUUAUGUUGUUUGUUCUGUGGACCUUGUGGGAUUUCAAAGACAGGGUAUGGCUUUUAGUGAAUGUGAUGCUCUUUACAAUGCUUCUUAUUUCUUCGAAGUAACAGAGUAGCACUAUGCACCAUCUCAUCACGUACUGCUACGGCGUUGAUAUCGUUCAUGCUCUACUUUAUUAUGAUUCCAUAAUCAGAUU